AUGGAGCCGGUGUGGGAGACGGCCAGCGAGCGGAGCGGCGUGGAUUCUCUGUCCAGCGCCGGCGGCACGACGGCGACGGAGGCGCCCGAGGAGGAUGCCGGCGGGGAGGAGGUUGUCAAGGUAUUCGUGGCGGUGCCGGAGCAGCACAAGAACGGCAAGUCCACGCUCGCCUGGGCGCUCCGCCACCUCGCCGCACUGGCCUCCGACGGCAAUGCCGGCGCCGUGGUGGUGGUGGUCGCGCAUGUCCAUGCGCCGGCGCAGAUGAUCCCAGUGAUGGGAAGCAAGUUUCACGCGAGCAAGCUGAGACCAGAACAAGUGAGUGCCUACAGGCAGUACGAAAGGGGCAAGGUGAACAAGCAUUUGGACGACUACAUCCGCCAGUGCUCCAAAAUGAAGAUCAAAGGUAAGAAACUUGUUAUCCAGAAUGAAGAUAUCGCCAAAGGGAUCGCGGAGAUUGUUUCGAAGCACGGCGUCAGCAAGCUCGUCAUGGGAGCAGCCGCCGACAAGCACUACUCUAGAAAUGCUUCCUCAGUGAUGGCUUUCAAUUCUUUAAAUCUCAGGAAAAUGAUGGCUCCCAAGUCCAAGACGGCACUCGCAGUUAUUCAACAGGCUGACCCGUCGUGCAAGAUUUGGUUCGUAUGCAAGGAGCAUCUGAUUUCCACUAGAGAGGCUGGUGCUGUCAGAAGCCAAAUACCUCCUUUAUCUCUAGUAUCUGCACAUCCAAACCGACAUGCAGUCAGGAAUGGAGUUGAGGGCUGCAUCCAGAGGUCCCUUUCCGAAAAACUAUCACCGCUGUUGGUGCCUUGUCGAUCAGCCAUGCGAAGAACGUUUAGCAUUCUGAGCAUGGAGGACAUCUCCGUGGGUUCCUGGGACAGCGGCAGAAGAGGUAGCUUCCCGAGUUCAUGCCGCGAGGAAGCAUCCAGCCAUUCUUCCAGCUCAUUCGAGUUGCCAAUAGAUGAUGUCUUUGCUGUCCAUCAAAACACUGCACCGUGCCAUGAUCAGGCCAAAAUUUCUGAGGAUGUGUCCAAGCAGACUAGGGAAGUUGAUGAGGCCAUAGCCAAGGCAAAUGAGGACAUGAAACUGUUGAAGCAAGAGAUGGAGGCAAUGAGACGCAACCGUGACGAUGCCGUCGAGAAGCUCUCUGAAGUGAAAGAAGAAAAGGAAGAGAUGGUGGCAGCGAGCAGAUACCUCGUUGACUCGCAGCGGGUGAGGCUUGAGCAACUAGAGGAUGAAAGGGACACUGCCCUGGAGCGUGUGGAAGAGAUCCGCAGCAUGGCUUCAGGCUUGAAUUUGGCAUUGUUCAGCGAGUUCUCUCGGUCGGAGUUGCGGCAGGCGACGAGGAACUUCAGUGACACAAUGAAGAUUGGCGAAGGUGGGUUUGGGUGUGUGUACAAAGGUGUGUUGCGCAACACCACGGUGGCGAUCAAGAUGCUCCACUCUGAAAGCUCUCAAGGGAAGUCACAGUUCCAGCAAGAGCUUUCUGUUCUAAGCAGAGUGAGGCACCCAAACAUCGUCACGCUGAUGGGCUGUUGCCCAGAGGCUUCAGGUCUCGUGUACGAGUUCCUACCAAACGGAAGCCUCGAGGACCGCCUCGCCUGCCGAAACGAGACGCCGCCACUGUCAUGGCAGGCCCGCACGAGGAUCAUCGGCGAGGUAUGCUCCGCGCUCGUUUUCCUCCACUCGGGCGAGCUCAGCCCGGCCAUCCAUGGCGACCUCAAGCCGGCCAACAUCCUCCUGGACGCCAACCUGGUCAGCAAGCUCGGCGACUUGGGCGCCUCCCGCCUCCCCACCAUGACCAACCCCGGCAGCACGCCGUACACGGACCCGGAGUACCUGACUACCGGGGAGCUGACGGCGCGCUCGGACGUGUACUCCCUGGGCAUCAUCAUGCUCCGUCUGGUCACGGGGCAGCCGCCGCUGGGCAUCGCGAGGAAGGUGGAGGACGCGCUGGACAAGGGCGAGAUGGAGACGCUGGUGGACCGGUUGGCCGGGGAGUGGCCGUUCGAGCAGGCCGAGAAGCUGAUGCUGCUCGGGCUGCAGUGUGCGGAGGUCAGCAGGAGGAGGCGCCCCGAGCGAAUGAGCCAGGUGUGGAGGGUGGUCGAGCCCCUGGCGAAGGCGGCCUCCGUGUCACUCGCAGCACAGUCUCUUGCGCCCAGUGAGAGCAACCCGCCUUUCUACUUCAUCUGCCCAAUUUCCCAGGAGGUUAUGAGGAACCCUCACACCGCGGCAGAUGGUUUCACCUACGAGGCGGAGGCGAUCAAGGGAUGGCUUGACAGCGGGCACGACACGUCCCCCAUGACAAAACUGGCCCUCGCUCACCGGCACAUCACCCCGAACUACGCUCUUCGUUCUGCCAUAGAGGAUUAUAUGAAGCAGCACCAGCACCAGGGCAAGCCGCCACCACAAUCGGUUCGGUCAGAUCGAUGAUAGUGCUGUUGUCGCCGUGAUUUCUGUCCAGUCAUUGUUGAGAAGUCUGCUCCGCUCUUGCUGUAUAUAUUAGUUGUCUAAUCUGCAUCCAACUGGUUUUU